AUUUUUUCAACAACUUUUGCAAUUCCGACGCGCCGCGGCCGUUAAAAUUUUAAUUUAAUUUUAUUUUGUACUCGCGCAGCCGCAUCCAAGUUGUUCCGUGAACUAAAUACACAGGUUUCUCAGGUGCACACGUGCGAAUAUUCAGCGAUCGGUGCUUAAAAAAUCCAGGCGACGCCAGCCUGUGCGCGCUUUUCGGUUGAGCAAUCUGUUGAUUUGUCCAAAUAAAAAGAUGUCCGGGAAGUGCACGAAACCAGCAAACGCCACAGACAUCUUCCAAUAAAUAAUGUGAAAUAAACAAAUCCGGGUACAAACGAAUUAUUUGUCUCCUUGUGCGUUUGUUUACCUGUGCCCGUGUGUGUGUGUGUGCGUGCCCUGUAUUUGAUACAUGUUUGCGAAUAAUUGCCAAAAAGUGAGGAUCAAUCGAAAUGGAGACCAUAGAGGAGCAGCAAUCCAAGUGCGAGAUGUCCAUUACAACGCUGCCCAGUCGCAUCUGCCUGGUGGGCAAUGUUGGCCAGGACGCGGACACGCUGCAGGCAGCCGAAUCCUUUGGACUGCCCAUCGUUACCUCGGAGACGGGCCUGGACAUUAUCGGAGAGUCGGAGUGGCGUACCUUUUACGUGCUCAAUGACUUUGAGGGUGCCAGCUUCGAGGCGAUACACAAACAGAAGGAAUGCAUUCUGGGACCGCCGGCUUUGAAGUACGCGGCGGAGAUGAAACAGACUCUGGGCCAGAACUCGCGUCCCAUUUACAACUAUGCGAUGCGCGGAGUGGUCACUUGCUUCACCGGCAUACGCAAAAAGGAUGAGCUGACCAAGCUGGUUAACCUCAUACACUCGAUGGGCGGCUGCAUCAAGAAGGAUUUGAACACGAAGACUACGCAUUUGAUUUGCAAUCACAGUGGCGGCGAAAAGUAUCAGUACGCCAAAACCUUUCGGUUAACCGUGGUUCGUCCUGCUUGGGUGUAUGCCGCCUGGUCGGAUCGGAAUUCCCUGGAAUUCGACGCUACACAGGAGGUCUUCACCAAAACACAUAGGCUAAAGGCCUUCGAGGGACAGAAGAUUUGCUUUUUCGGCUUCCCGGCUGAGGAGCACCAGCAUAUGGUGGAUGUCCUGCUGGAGAAUGGAGGCGUUUGCGCCGAACUGGAGGAUCCGGAGUGUUCACAUGUCGUGGUGGACGAGCAUACGACCGUCACGAAGCCGGAGCCGAAGAAUAAUCACACGCACAUCCUGAAAUCAGACUGGUUCUGGUAUACCAUACAGAAUGGGUAUGCCAACGAGAUGGACUAUCUCUUCGGCGAUUACCUGGAUAGCAUCACGAAUACCCCCAAUACGGAUCGCCGAGACUCGUUACCCAUUAGCUUUAAUAAGCGGAAACGCAAGCGUUUCUCGCAACGCAUCCAGCUGGAGGGCACUCCGCUGGGCACCUCGGGCAAGCGACGCUCCUCCGUCUCGGAUGCCGGCCUGCUAUCCGUCUCGAAUAGCUUCUUUGAUUGCACCACCAGCCCGGAUAAGCUGGAGGCGGCCGAUAAAUUGCUGCAUGCCGAGCCGGAGGCCAGUGAUGCCACCACACCAGCCAAGAAAUCCAUGCGCUUUAACCACUUUAUGGACUUUUUCACCACCGAGUCCAACUAUGUGGGUAUUUUGGAUACCAUAUUGAAUCUCUUUAAGAACAAACUGGAGGAAUUGGCCGAGACCAAUGAUCCGCUUCUCAACAAGUCCGAGAUUAAGACAAUCUUUGGCAACUUUUUGCCCAUCCAUGAGGUGCAUCAAAGCAUGCUGGAGCACUUGCGCAAGCUGCAUGCUAAUUGGCGAGAGGAUUGCCUUAUCGGCGACAUCAUUAUCCAGCAUCGGGACGAAUUGAUCAAGGCAUACCCUCCAUACGUGAAUUUCUUUGAACAAAUGAAGGAGCAGCUGCAAUACUGCGAUCGGGAAUAUCCCCGCUUCCACGCCUUCCUCAAAAUCAACCAAACGAAGCCAGAGUGUGGACGCCAAGGUCUGCAGGAUCUGAUGAUCCGACCCGUACAGCGAUUGCCCAGCAUCAGUCUGCUGUUGAACGACAUCCUGAAGCACACGAGUGGCAGCAAUGCCGAUCACGGGCGACUGGAGGAGGCACUGAAGGCCAUCAAGCAGGUGACGCUGCACAUUAAUGAGGAUAAACGACGCACCGAGUCACGCAUGGCCAUCUUCGAUAUAUUCAACGAUAUCGACGGUUGUCCAGCGCACUUGGUGAGCUCCAAUCGCAGCUAUCUCAAGUGUGAAGUGAACGAGCUCUCCGACUCGCUGAGUGGUCGUGGCGAUAGCCUUGUCCUCUAUCUCUUCUCCGAUUCCAUUGAGCUGUGCAAGCGACGGUCGAGAGGAUUUAACACCGCCAAGUCACCGAGCACAGCCAAGACGCACAAGCAUCUCAAGCUGAUAUCCCUCAACACGAUACGGCUGGUGAUCGACAUCUCCGACAGUCCGCGUGCCUUUGGCCUGCUGCAGCGUGGCGAUAAGGAAAAGCUGUAUACGUUCACCAUCAGCGACGAGGAGACGGAUAAGUCCGUUUAUGUGAAAAAGCUGUGCAACCAGAUUGCAGCCCAUACAUGCCGUACGGAUGCGGACAAGCUAUUGAUUUGUACCUCCCAGGAACUGGAGGUGGACAUUAGCGAUGUAAAUGUCAGUACGCUGAGCAAGGCUUUUAAAUUGGCCGCCAAAACGCGCCUCAAGGUGGGUCGCGCCUUCUCUUUCAACAAAACGCCCAACAAACUGAAACGGGCCGUCUCCACGAUGAUGACCUCGCCAUUUGGCAGCACUAAUUCGCUGACGCCAGCCUCUCAACUGGCCCAGAUGCGCCUGGCCAGCUGCACAAACAUAAAUGAGGUGGACGAUGAGGAUUGUGCCAGCAUGCGCAGCAGUUCCCCAUCGACGCAAUCCGAGAUGCUGGUGGUGCCACCGCUCUCUGUGCAACCCACGCGGAAAAACAAGGCCGUUGUUGGCCGCAUUUGAAGUUUAGCACUGAAUAGGUGCAGCCAAUUUGUUUAUUCCAUUUCUGAGGUCGUCGUCCUUCAGAAGCGAGAGACUCGUUUGCAGUGCGAUCAAUCGGGCCUUCGAAUUCGUAAUCUCACAAAAACAACAAUCAGAAACAAAACCUAUCACGCGUCCAAUAUUGUUUAGAAUUACAAAAAGUUAUUGUUAAGUUGCAUCUCCUGUCCGAUGUGGAGCUGCCCGCGCGAAUGUUGAAGCGUUCAAUGCGAGCGGCAAUCGAUUGACCAUCAUGAUUUGUAAAUAGUUCUCCAUAUUGUGUAACUCCCGUGUAACCGCGUCGCGCCGCUAAAUGUAACUUAAAUCGUCGUAAGUGAUCGCAGAGAUCGCAUAUUCACGCGUUCAGUGAUCGAUCGAUCGAUCGGUUCGAAUGGGUUUCCGUUGAUCGCCACACCGCAACAAGCUGUGAAUGUUUACUGAGUAAAUUUUUAAAAACCUAUCUUACUAUAUUGAUUACAACUCAACGAUUUUGCUUGAGUAGGCAAUUUACGGCCCUAAGCCGUAGGGCAUUCAAAGCAUGAUGAUGUUUAAGUUAAUGUAAUGUAUAUGUAUGGAAUCACGAUUAAAAAAACAUUUUAAAAUCGA